AGAAGUGCAAACACUCCACUCGCGCAUGCACACACACACACGCACACACGCGCGCGCACACACACACACACACACACACACACAAGCACGCGCGCGCGCUCUUACAUACAUACGCACUGAGGAUUAGAAGCGCUACAGAAGUAAGGAGGACCCUUGACGGUGGAGAGUUGAGUGGAGAGUUGUACAGGAGUAUAAAGCCAUUCAGCUUGGAUUUCUUUUUUUUUUUUUUCUUUCAUCGAGGGAACACACAAAAGGAUUUUUUAGAAAGCUGAACACAACCUAUGUAAUAAUGUGGCUUCAGAAGACACAUCUCCUUUGGGGGGUUGUCCUCUUUGGAAUAUUUCAAAAUGUGAGUGUGAACUCUCUCCUCCGAUCAUCGUUUCGGAUAGAACUUUGUUCGAGCUGGAGCUGCAUUCCGUGUUUAACAUCAGCUGUACAGGGAAGAAGAACGUCAUGUGGGAAGAGCCUCUACCAAUGAACACACACGUGCUGCCUGGGUAUUACACAAGCACGCUGCUGAUUGACGAUGCAGCAGCUCAUCACACAGGAGAGUACUCUUGCAUUUAUGAAGACGAAGAGCAGAUAUACCAUGAAUUCAUUGCCAGCAUUUAUAUUUUUGUCCCAGAUCCUGAAGUUCCAUUUGUUCCAGGGGAUUCGAUCAAGGUCUCCAAGUAUGCAAUUCCUUGCCGGGUUACAGAUCCCCAAUCUUCUGUAAUUCUUCGGAGUCUACCAAGUGAGGAAGAGCUCAGUAAGUAUGAGCCAAGGUUUGGAUUUAUAGGCAUCUUUUCUCCUGGCCAACACGUGUGUGAAACCACUGUGAAUGGUGAGACGGUCCGGAGUGUUGUGUACACUGUGCCAGAUGAUCCAUUUUAUGAUGAACCAUUUAUGAUUAAUUUAAUGGAGAAUGAGUUCACUGUGAAACUGAUGGCCAGUCAGAAGGACAUAAAAGAGGGAGAAGCUUUCAACCUGACCUGCACAGUUCCACCUGGAGCUCUGUAUGUCCAGCAAUGGUUGCAUCUGAAAAAAGAGGCUGUAGGUGCUAUUCAGAAGAAGGAGACCUACCCUGAUAAGGUUUUGUAUAUCCUCAGUAUACCUCAUGCCUCAACGAAUGACACUGGCUUCUACGAAUGCUCUGUCACAGAUCAGUCCAGCGGCAAGAUGCGCUCUUCCGAAGUGACCGUUGUUGUCCACGAGGCUUCUUUUAUUACUCUGGAUCACAGUGGGAUUGGAGCAGUAGAAACCAUUACUCUUCUGGAGGAUUCUGAAUUUACCAUUUACAUCAAUUCUGAUGCUGUUCCCAAGGUCACUUGGUUCCAAGAUGGCAAUGUAUUGAAUAAUAAUUAUAUAACCACCAAGACCACUCUUCUAGAAGACAAAAGGUAUGAGAGUGUUUUGGUCCUGCGACACCCCAUAGAAGAGGACAGUGGAACAUACAAGAUUGUAGCAUCAGUCGGCUCACAGAGUAAAGAGUUCUCCUUCAAAAUCUUGGUUAAAGAUGGUGAGACCCAGAUAAUACAGUCUACUAUGGCUCCAGUAAUCUGGCCCAGGAAAGAGACUAUGGAGGUGUUCCUCAACUCCAUGUUCAGACUGACAUGCCGGGGACAAGCAGAGGUGGUCUGGGAAGGUCCUGUCUCCUUUGACAAGCAGAAUUUAGAUGACAAAAAUGGCCUGUUCGUCUCCACGGUGACUGUGGACAGUGCUACAGCAAUGCACACAGGAGAAUACACCUGCUUCUAUAAAAACGGGAAUCAAACAGAAGAGAGCAGCAUCUAUAUCUAUGUCCCAGAUCCAGACAUGCCAUUUGUGCCCCCUUUACUGCCCUUUGGACACCAUGUGUUGAAGAGUCUAGAGGAGAUGGAAGUCCCGUGCCGCGUGUCUGAUCCAAGUACUCACGUGACUCUGUUCCAUAUAGAGACUCGUCAGUCCGUACCAGCCAAUUAUGACAGCAAAAGGGGUUUUCUAGGCAACUUUACACCCGGGACCUAUGUAUGUCAUGCGGUUGUGAAUGGAGAACUGCAGGAAAGUGAAGAGUACAUUGUCCAUGGUUGGACUGGGGGCUCAGGAUUGCAUGUGGAUCUAAAGAUAGAGAAGAAGGCUCUGCUGGUUGGAGAAACCAUCACAGUAAACUGUAUAGCCAAAGGCAGUGACUUGUUGGAUCAGCAAUGGAAAUAUCCUGGAAAAGGGGCGGAUCGUGCUAAGACGACACUUAAGGAGAACAAGAAAGACCAGGAGAUUUAUUACACCCUGACUGUGUCUGAUGCCAGAACUAAAGACAGUGGAAACUAUGCCUGUUCCAUCACUGACAUUAUGAGCAAUGAGAGCCAAACCAAAGAGAUCAGCAUUAUUGUUUAUGAGAUGGAGUUUGUGUCUCUUUCUCCGAUGUUUGCCCCUGUGGAGACCGCCAAACUGAACGAUGUUCGUGAGUUCCGGUUGGACAUUGAGGCUCUUCCUGCACCUAAGGUCACGUGGCUAAAGGAUGGCAUUGUACUGGGUGAUAUCGCCGCAGAGUUUACUACCUCCCUCCGGCCGAUCAGCGAGACAAGGUACCAAAGCACUCUUGCUUUAAUUAGAGCUAAGGCUGAGGACAGUGGAAACUACACAGUGCGAGCUGAGAUAGGAAACCAGAGCGCCAGCCACUCGUUCAGCCUUCAGGUCAAAGUUCCAGCUGCAAUUGUGGACCUGCUGGACCUCCACCAUGGCUCAGAAACAGGCCAGGCUGUGGUGUGUAUUGCCAAAGGAUCUCCUGUCCCUGAGGUGGAGUGGCACGUCUGUAAAAACAUUAAACUGUGUUCCAAUGAUUCUUCUGAGUGGUCACUUCUACAGACCAACACCACUGGCAUGACUAUUGAUACACACAUAGACCAGGACAACCAGUUGGAGAGUCAGGUGAUCUUUGGACAUCUGGAAAACACUCUGGCUGUGCGCUGCAUGGCACGGAAUGAGAUGGUUGCUGUGUCUCGUGAGAUCAAGCUGGUGGCUAAUGGUCCACAUUCAGAGCUCACUGUGGCUGCUGCUGUUCUGGUGCUGUUGGUUAUUGUCAUCAUCUCACUCAUUGUGCUGGUCAUUAUCUGGAAACAGAAGCCACGUUACGAGAUCAGAUGGCGAGUCAUUGAGUCAGUCAGUCCAGAUGGGCAUGAGUACAUCUAUGUGGAUCCCAUGCAGCUGCCCUACGACACACGCUGGGAGUUCCCACGUGAUGGCCUUGUCCUUGGCCGUAUCCUGGGCUCGGGGGCCUUUGGGAAGGUGGUAGAAGGUACUGCGUAUGGACUCAGCCGUUCUCAGCCGGUAAUGAAAGUCGCUGUGAAGAUGCUCAAACCAACGGCUCGCUCCAGUGAGAAGCAAGCGCUGAUGUCAGAACUGAAGAUCAUGACUCACCUGGGUCCCCAUCUCAAUAUUGUCAACCUGCUUGGUGCAUGUACCAAAUCAGGUCCUAUCUAUAUCAUUACAGAGUACUGUUUUUAUGGAGACCUGGUGAACUACUUGCAUAAGAACAGAGACACCUUCCUGAGCCGACAAGGUGAGAAGGGCAAGAAGGACCUGGACAUCUUUGGCAUUAAUCCAGCUGAUGAGAGCAGCAGAAGCUACGUGAUCCUGUCCUUUGAGGAAAAAGGAGACUACAUGGACAUGAAGCAGGCAGACACAAUGCAGUAUGUCCCGAUGUUGGAACGAAGCAACGCUUCCAAAUACCUUGACAGAGAGGACUAUGAUCACCCUCCAUCUCACAAACACUUCAAUGAAAGCGAAGUAGAGAAGCUUCUCUCUGAUGACUCAGAGGGCUUGACCACAAUGGAUCUUCUUAGCUUCACCUAUCAAGUGGCCAGAGGGAUGGAGUUCCUGGCCUCCAAAAACUGUGUUCACAGAGAUUUGGCAGCUCGAAAUGUCCUGUUGUCUCAGGGGAAGAUUGUGAAGAUCUGUGACUUUGGGUUAGCCAGGGACAUUAUGCAUGACAACAACUAUGUAUCCAAAGGAAGUACCUUCCUACCAGUUAAAUGGAUGGCCCCUGAGAGCAUCUUUGAUAACCUGUACACCACUCUGAGUGAUGUCUGGUCUUAUGGCAUUUUACUCUGGGAGAUCUUUUCUCUCGGCGGGACCCCUUAUCCUGGCAUGGUUGUGGACUCCAGCUUCUAUAACAAGAUCAAGAGUGGCUACAGGAUGGCCAAACCUGAGCAUGCCUCCAGUAAUGUUUAUGAGCUGAUGGUGAAGUGCUGGAACAAUGAGCCAGAGAAGAGACCCUCAUUCCACAGUCUGAGCGAGAGCAUGGCCACUCUGUUGCCAUGCGGAUACAAGAGGAGCUAUGAGCGUGUAAAUAACGACUUCCUGAAGAGCGACCACCCAGCAGUGACCCGCGUGCAAUGUGUGCAAAGUGAUGAGACCUAUUUGGGCGUGGCUUAUAAGAACCAGUGCAAGAUGAGGGAACGUGAAAGUGGCUUUGAAGAACAGAGACUAAGCUCAGAUAGUGGGUAUAUCAUCCCUCUGCCUGACCUUGACCCCCUUUCUGAUGAAGAAUACACCAAAAGGAAUCGUCAUAGCUCUCAGACAUCUGAUGAGAGUGCUAUAGAGACAGGAUCGAGCAGCUCCACCCUGCCCAAGCGGGAAGGAGAGACUCUGGAGGACAUCACACUGCUGGAUGAGAUGUGUCUGGACUCGGGGGAUCUGGUGGAGGACAGCUUCCUGUGAUAGAAUAACAGAGAUGGAUGAGAGGGACACUAUUUAGCAAAUCACCCAAAAGGAGAGAGGAAGAGGAGAGAAGGGCUGAAAUACAAGCAUCAAACUUUUCUGAAUAGCCCUUUUCUAUCUCCCAACCUUUCUCUAGACUCUUGCUCCUCUGUGUCAUCCACAUGGCAAAAAAACUCUUCACUGCCUGGAUGUCCUGUGAAGGUCAGCAAUAAUUGGAGACAAUUCUACUGGCUCAGACGACAUUUUGGUAAAGGGGUGUAUGUUGUACACAAACUAUGAAGAAUAAGGAAAUAAUACAGAAUAUAAAAAUUUUGUAUAGGACUUUUUUUUUGUUGGGCAUUUUGUUGUCAGAACAAUGAUUUAAGCAAGAAUCCUGUGCGUACUCUUGUAUAAUCCAUAACCAGUUGGUUUACAAAUGAGUCAGUCUGGGCUUUUAAUGACCACUACACCGGAACAACCGAACUGACUCGACACAGUUUAUUUCCAUUCACAUUAAAAUUGUAUUCCAUUUCCCAGCACAUUGCGUUAAAGCACAAACCUUGGACCUAAUAAUUGUAUAGAUUCUAUAGCUGAUCAUACAGUAUAUCGCCUGUGACUCAAUAAGUACAGCAAUUAGAAAUUUAUUUUUUUUACAUAUUACUGAGUAUAAAUGUGUAAUAUUUUGUGAAUAUUGGGGCGGGACCGGGAAAGUUUUAAUGAUCCUAAAUGAAGAAAAACGCAAUAAUGUGGUGACGUUUGUAGGUCACACAAUCCUCAGACUAAUGCAGCUUUAACACAAAAACCUACCAAAGCGUGGACCAAAGAUUGAUUCUGUUCAAUGUGUCAAGCAGAAGUAUCUCAAGAUGCAAUAUCCCAAGAUGUCUACCAGUAUUAUAAUACACAGUACCUGUGUUUAUUUCUUUUUUUUUUUUUUUACCCUGUGGUGGUGAUGAACUAAUCACUUCAGUGAGAGGACUAACUUUGUGGUAGCUUGAUCGGCCUGUAAAAGUCAAAUGUUGACAAUAAGCUGGAAUGUUUUGAUGCUGUGUAUAAAAUAAUGGUACUUAUUCAUCUGUUUGAAUACUCUGACUCUAAUGACAUGGUUGUAACCAAAAGCCUUCUUCACUCCUUUCAGUUUUAUUUUAAAGCUUUAGACCUGUUGCAUGGUAGUAACAUUGUAAAGAUAUAGCAGGGGAAAACAUCUUGAAUAUAGUUGUCUGGUGUUUCAAAAUGUUUCUAUUUCCCACUAAUAGUAAUGUUUAAAUUGUCUUUUAUUGUUGGCAGAUGAUUUUGAUUCUUGCUAGACAUACAUAAACACUUAAAAUGAGAAAAAACGAUAAGUGAAAAUAGGGAAACAAAAGUCUAGAAAGGUUUUCUCUCAUGUGUUUUAUUGUAGUCUUACAAAAUUUUAAAUGGCACCAAUUUUACUAUAUUUAAGAUGUCAUUCUUUUGCACUGAGAAGGAAUUGUAGUGAUAUAUUAUUACUAAUAUGCAAAAGAUCUUUAUCCUCAUGCAAUAUCAAUCUUCUGGUCUGUUCGUAAAUGCUGAUGCUGGACACUAUUGACUAUAAUACCCUCGUCUUCCACAUUUUGCAUUUCUUUAAAAAACAUUAUGUAAACUGAAACACUAACAAAUGUCCAGCACCAAUGCUUGUAACAGCUAAACCUGAGCUGAUUUCCAUCUCACUAUGUUGUGUGAAAAGCCAUCCUGAAACAUGGUAGAGACUCUCUGUGUAGCUAGUUUGAUGUUAUACAUCACUGCACGGAUUAAAUUAGGUUUUAAAUAUAGAGUUUAUCAUCCAGCAAUCCACUGCCUCCCUCUCCGUGUGUAUCCACUGUGAUCUACUCGAUAGGGAACAAAGGAAAUGAAAAAAAAAAAAAAAAACUGUUGCACUUUUUUAGAUCGUUCUUUUGUUCCUUUUUUUCUGUCAUUGUAUGUUUGUUUCUGAAGAUUUUAUAUGAUGAGCAAAUGCUUUUCAUGAGAUUUAUUUGGCUAUAAAAAAUGCCUCCAGUUUCUGUAGACAGCAGACUGAGGUUUGUACAGGAAAAGAUGGUAAAUAGAAAAGCGGUAUGAAUUAUUCUCCAUGGUACAGUAUGUGUAAUACUAGGUAGGUACUCCCAGUACAAGAUGUUAUCCUUCUGUCUUAUUAUGUGCUUUGUCUAUUUCAUUCAGAUGAUUUAUAUUUCAAUAAAUGAGAUUUAAUAAUGUGA